GGAGCAGGAAAAGGAGGAGGAGGAAGAGGAGGAGCAGCAGCAGAAGCGCGCGGUUCCCCCGCCCGCCCGCUGAGGCCGCAGCUCCCCCGGCUCCGGCAGCAUCGCCCCCCCGCAUCCCGAGAGCAGGAUUUCCCAUUGCCAAGCCGUGGCCGGAUGGAGGAGGAGGAGGCCGCGAAGAAGAGGAAGAUGCCCCGGGAGCCCCAGGCAGACAGGGAGCUGAGCACGGAGCCCAGAGAGAACAAAUCCCAGUGGCAGAAGCUGGUGGGAGAGGCCGUUUUGAGUGGCUCCACGGGGCAGGAAUCUAAGGGGGAGGAAGAGCCCCAGAGAUGCUGCACAAGGAGGGGCUGCAAACACAGCCCAAGGAGGUCCAAGGAGGAAGGCGGCCGGAGAUCCAGCCAGAGCUUGGAGCUGGGGGUCCAUGAACAGCUUCACAAUGGGGAGAAGCCCCACAAGUGCUCAAAAUGUGGGAAGGGCUUCAGGUGGAAGUCCAGACUGAUUGUCCACCAGAGAAUCCACACCGGAGAGAGGCCCUACGAGUGUGGGGAGUGUGGGAAGAGCUUCAGAGACAGCUCCAGUCUGAUCUGCCACUGGAAAAUCCACACAGGGGAGAGGCCCUACGAGUGUGGAGAGUGUGGGCAGAGCUUCAGCCAGAGCUCCAACCUGAUUGUCCACCAGAGAAGCCACACAGGGGAGAGGCCCUACGAGUGUGGGGAGUGUGGGAAGAGGUUUCCAAGGAGCUGCAGUCUCCUCAAACAUGAGCAGAGUCACACGGAUGAGAGGCCCUUCCGCUGCCCCGACUGCGGGAAGGGCUUCCAGCGCAACUACACCCUCAUCAUCCACCGGCGCAUCCACACCGGGGAGAGGCCCUAUGAGUGUCCCGAGUGUGGGAAGAGCUUCUCACAGAGCUCUUCCUUGACCCAGCACCAACGGAGCCACCGCUAAGGGAAGCCCUGCGAGUGCCCCGAGUGCGGGAAGAGCUUCGUGCGCUGCUCCAGCUCCAUCCCCCGUGGGAGGAUCGGCGUUGGAUGAUCCCCAGUGACCCCCGUUGGGCAGAGCCCCAGAGCUCCGUGGUGCUGGUGAUCUGUGUGGGAAGACACCAGGCUGGGGGGCUCCGCCUCUUCCUGGCUCCCAGUGGCCUUGAUUUUCUUUUCAUUUCUCUUUGUCCUUUCAAAACACCCAAACCCAGGGUAAAAAUAAAGAUGUUGAACUAAGACAUGGAUGGGGACGUGGGGGGAUCUUCCAGGGGAUAUGGGAGAUGCUGGCUUCAAGGGAGUUGAGGGUUCCUGGUGAUUCAUUAAAUCUCGAUAUCCAUGGACAAAGACCCUCUAACUAAUUAAAGUUAGAAAGUGGUAUGUUUAUUCAGGCACCAGUGGGGGGGCAUGGGAGUAGCCUCCUAAAGACAUGCCAGCCAAGUACAAGGUUUCUCGUUCUCUAUUUAUUACUCAAAGUUUUACAUCUUCUGCAUAUGUAAGACCCCAGCACCUCCCAUCCUCUGCUUUGUAUUAAAAUGAGAUCAUUGGUCUUUCACGCAUGCGCAGUUUCUCUCUUGAAUUGGGUCAGUGGUCCUGAAAGAGGAAGUCAGGAAUGUCUUCCUCACAGUGACCUUUUUACCUCCUUGCUGUUGGCAGGCCUUCGUGACCUCUUGGCGCAGCCCAAGAUCUCCUACUUUUGAUUAAUUAUUACAAAACCCAGGUGCUGUUCUUGGUUCUAUUAGUUUCAAUUUCUUUUGAUGACAGUUCAUUCAUUUUGUUUCCUUCUAUAAACAAAACUUAAAAAUAUAAUGGCAAAUAAUACAUCACUUAGCUCUAGCUUAGGCAUCUACUAAGCAUUAACUUA